CUUAAUGCGUUUUGAGGAUCUUUCUUUAAUAGCAAAGUCGUUUCUGAAUGGGUUUCUCUUAUUUGCUUAAUUCUUACGUUCACUAUUCCUUGUCUGUUAAUCUAAGAUGGGUUAAACAACUGUUUUUGGGUUUUGCCUUUUGAGCUUAUAUGAUCUGUAGGUGUUUAAUAUUAGCAUGUUUGAAUUAUGAUAGUCAGUCUUUUUCUUUUUUCCUUCUCUCUUUGGUUGUCCAUCUUUCUAUUUCUGAACAUGCAAUUUUUUUCUUGUUACCUUUUAGAUUUUUCUUUUUAUAAAAUGGAUCGUCUGAGUUUUUUGUUUGCCUAACUUGGUUAUCAUCAAUAACGUGCUCUUCUUUUGUUGUUUUCUUCUGAUUAUGAGUUUUUUUUUCACCAUGUGGAUGGAAGUUGAUGACGAAGGGGACUUUAUAAUCUCGCUUUGUCUGAAUCACUGAAUGAAAAUUCGUGGAAAUUAAAUGCUGUUGGUUGUGAUGUCAAGAGAAAAGAGCGUUUUAAGGGCUCUUUUAUUGAAACUUGGGAUUGUUGUUGCUAUCUCUUCUGCUGGUUUUGUAUAUUCUAGACUUAGAGCAAGAAUGACCAAACCGUAUUUGCCUCCACCUUCAUCACUGCCUGUUUCAGGUUGUUGCAGUGAGGUUGAUUCAAGAGGAAUCGAUCAGGCUAAAGACUAUGUUCCGGACUUAAGGUCGGCCGCAGCUUCUGGUCCUGAAGAAACAUCGGCGCAAGGAGCUUCUGUUGGUCUUUCUUCAAGCGCUAGACAUGGCAGAGAUGUGCUUCUCUUGCAAGAGUUUAAUGAUCUUGUUGAGGAAUUUGACACUUCUAGAGCAUUUAGAACUGCUGGAAAGGAUGGUUAUGAGCAAGAGAUCAAGCACCUUAGAAAUAUGGUAAGGGUGCUUAGGGAGAGGGAGCAGAAUCUCGAGGUCCAGCUGCUGGAAUAUUAUGGCCUUAAAGAACAAGAAUCAGCAGUUGAGGAGCUCAAAAACCAGUUGAAGAUAAACAAUAUGGAGACCAAGCUUUUCACUCUCAAGAUUGCGUCCUUACAGUCGGAAAACCAAAGAUUAGAAAAACAAGUUGCUGAUCAUGAAAAAGUCGUAGCCGAGCUUCAGGCUGCUAAAUCUAGAAUUAAGGUGCUUAAAAAGAAACUUCGGCAUGAGGUUGAGCAGAAUAGAGAGCAGAUUCUAAGUGUUCAAAAGAGGGUGGCUAGAUUACAAGAGCAAGAAGUCGAGGCUUCUGCGGAUAAUCACGAUGCUAAAUCAAAGUUAGGAAGUUUAAAGGUUUUGGAAGGUGAGGCAGCAGAGUUGAGGCAAUCUAAUGCGAGAUUACAGAUAGAAAAUUCGGAACUGGCUCGGAAGUUGGAGUCAACCCAAAUCCUAGCGAAUUCUGUUUUGGAGAAUCCUGAGGCAGAAGCAUUAAACAAAAUACGCGAGUGUUUGAUGCUAGAAAACGAAGACUUGAAGAAGCGAAUGGAACAGCUCCAGGAAGAUAGAUGCGCCGAUGCUGAAGAACUAGUGUAUCUCCGAUGGAUAAACGCUUGCUUGCGGUAUGAGCUGAGAAAUUUUACACCCAUUCCUGGUAAAACAGUUGCUAAAGACCUAAACAAAAGCUUAAGCCAUAAGUCGGAGGAGAAAGCCAAACAACUAAUACUUGAAUACGCUCGCGCUGAAGGAAUGGAUAGCAUGGAUUUUGAUUGUGAUCAAUGGUCCUGCUCCCAAGCCUUCUAUAGUACCGACAACGGAGAAGCAGAUAAUUUUUCAUUCGGGAAUUCAUCCGCUAAGAAAACCCCGAAUUCAAGAAGGAUUAAGUUUUUCAAGAACCUCAGGAGAUUAAUACUGGGAAAGGACGUUCAUAGUCAGAGCCAGGCUUCAUCAACGAGCAAAACCGAUAAUCCCGAAGACUUCGAUUCAUCAACCUGGAGUUCAGGUAGAGGGAAUGAUUUCGUAAACAUGCUACAAAGCAAUAGUGAUAGGUUCACAACUCCACCUCAGAGUUCACCUUCAACCUUUUUGGAUGUUGAUCAAAUCAAAGACACAGAGAAGCUCCGAAGAAACAGCGACUGCGGUCCUUACGGAUAUAGAAAACACAACAUUGCAGGCAGGGAAGAUACUUUGGACUCUCCUCUUGAUCGAGCUUCCUAUUCUCAUCGGAAAUCUGACGUUAUGAAGUUUGCAGAAGCAUUAAAACAGUCGGGAACAGGAGCAGAAAAGCCUCAGAGAGCAGCAGGCAUUAUAUAAUUAUUAGUUUGACACAAUACUGAGUAUGUACUCCGAAUCCACACGUUUCUCCACAUUUUGUAUCUUUGUACUAUUAAUUGAAUUUAUCUUUCUCAAA